AUGCUAUUUACUGCAUUUCUUAUAUUUUUAGUUUUCUCAACUUUUUCACAAUCUAUAAUAGUUAAUAGACUAGGUACUAUUACUAUUAUAUUCACUCUUAUAUUAUUCUUUUUAUCUAUAGAUAUUGUCGCAAUAUCUCCAGGAAUAACAUUAUUUAAUAACUGAUUUAAUUUAACACCUUAUAAUUUACCAUUAUCAUUUUUAAUGUUAUCAUUAAUUGUAAUAUUAUUAAUAUAUAGUACAUCUAAUCAUAGAUAUGAUUUAAAAUCACCUUUUUAUUUAUUAUUAUUAUUAACUAAUAUAAUAGGAUUAUUAUUAUUCCCAUUAGUAAAUGAUUUAAUUGCAUUAUAUGUUGUAAUAGAAUUACAAAGUUAUUCUUUAUAUUUAUUAACUGGUUUACAUAGUAGAUCAUAUAAUUCUUCAAGAGCAUCAUUAUUAUACUUCUUAAUGGGAGGUGUUGCUUCAACAAUUAUAUUAUUAGCUUCAUAUUUUGUAUAUGCUUUAACUGGUACAACAAAUUUAUCAGAUAUAGCAAUAUUCUAUUCAUAUAGUAAUGCUUUUGAUUAUUUUGAUAUUUUAUUAGUUGCUUUAUUAUUUAAAAUGGGUAUGGCUCCAUUACAUCGUUGAAGUAUUGCAGUUUAUAACUAUGCUCCUACUUAUAUUACAGCUUAUAUUAGUAUAGUAGCUAAAAUAUCAAUAGUUUCAUGAAUUUUUGCUAAUGCAAAUUUAUUCCAUCAUCAUGUUCUUAUUUUAUUCUUCUAUAUUUCUUUAGCUAUAGCAGCUUAUAAACCAUUAUUCCAAGUUAAUAUUAAAACUAUAUUAGCUUAUAGUGGUAUAUUAAACUUCUCAUAUAUUUUAUUAUCUAUAAUAUCAUAUGAUCCAGCUUUCUAUAUUUAUAUAAUUCAAUAUGUAUUAACUCAUUUAAUUUUAUUCUUAGGUAUAUUAGGAGCUAGUCAAUAUGUUAAUUCUCCUAUUUCUAUUUGAUCUCCUUUAACAUUUAUACAUCAAUUAAAAUUACCUAAUUUAACUUUAGCUUUUAGUUUAAUUUUAGCUUUAUUCUCUUUAAUUGGUAUACCACCUCUUCCUGGUUUUUAUGCUAAAUUAUUUGUAUUAUCUGCUGCUUUACAAGAUAACUAUGUAUUAGAAACAUGUGCUAUUGUUGUUUGUAGUGUUGUUGCUACUUAUUAUUAUGCUAAUAUAAUUAAAGUUUUAUUUAAUAGUAGUACUCAAAAAGUAACUAAUUUUAUUAAUCCUUCUUUAGCUUUUACUAUAGCUUCAGCUACAUCUUUAUUAUUUAGUUUCUUUAUAUUUAUACCAUCAUUGUCAGAAGGGUUAUAUUUAAUUACUUUAUAA